GAUUAAAAGAUUCGGGAAUUCUCUUUCGUGACAUUCUCCACAAUGAAAAAAGAGGAUUGCAAAAAGCCAUUGACCAGUUGAUAUACGGGUCAACUUACAAACAAAGCGAAGUCAAAAGUUUAUUACAAAGUUUAAGUGGCAAAGAAGGCAUACUUCGGCGUUAUUCACUGGGAAAAAGAGUGGACUAUUCAGCCCGGUCGGUAAUUGUCCCCAAUCCCAACUUAUUGCUUGACCAAAUAGGAUUGCCGGUCAAAAUGGCUUUGACCCUUUGCAAACCCUUCCUUAUCCGCCGAAUACUGAAAGAAAAAUUAACUUUCACCAUCAAAGAAGCCGAGCAAAUGUUGCAAAAGGAAGCCCCGAUUAUUUUUUCUCUGCUAACAGAGAUAAUUCAGGAGCAUUUGGCUAUAGUUAACCGUGCCCCCAGUUUGCACGGACCAAGUAUGCAAGCAACUCGCGUCGUGCUGACUUUGGGACAUUCAAUUGAACUUCACCCACUAAUAACUACAGCUCUAAAUGCCGACUUUGAUGGAGACCAAGUAGCUAUCUAUUUGAUUCUAACCGAAAAGGCACGCAAAGAGGCCGAGGAACUUUUUCUUUCCUCUCAUCUCAUUAUUGACCGAAAAAACGGUCAAUUGAUAACCAUCCCCAGCCAAGACAUGAUUUUGG